GACCACCGCCCUUACAAACAUAACCUUGGCCGCGACAAUCGUUGGGAUUACGACCUACGACUGCCAGAGUCCCUCCUUACUCCCAGCCUUCUGUAUUUUAUCCCUUCCCUGAUCUGCAGCCGGUUCUCAAGCCACUUGCUCUCACCAUGUCUCUCGACAACGAACUGCUCAUGCUUGCGGGUGAGGAAGAUGAAGAUGACUUCAAGCCUUCCUCAACCCCACAUCGUAAACGAACGCUAUCGCCAAACUCUGUCUCUCCCGCGAAGAAGAGAGCUAAGCCUACAGUCCGAAAGACAAACAAGAAAAAAACAAGAAGGGACAGCGAUGAUGAAGGCGAUGAAGAGUGAGUAUACUUUCCCCCUUUUCGGCAUGGACAUGAAAAUUUUCCUGUUCUUAUCCGGCCCUUUGCGCCCCUUUUAAGGGCCGUUUGCCACCUCGAACGCAAAUUCCCCACUUGUUGAAGAUGAGCUAACGAUUCCAUUAACAGUUCUUCAGGCCUGUCGGAUGCCCCGUCUUCCUCGGAGGAAGGCUCUCGGUCUGAAGCUGAAGUAUCUAUGGAUCUCGAAUCCUCCUCGGAUGAGGAAGAUAGUGUCCAGGAUCUCUACCCGCUGGAAGGCAAAUACAAGGAUCAGGCGGAUAUGAGAGCGUUGCUUGCAAUGAAUGAAGUAGAUCGGGAAGCUUUACUAGCAGACCGUGCCGGUCUGAUCGAGCGUGCUCAGCAGGAUCGCCACCUUCGCAACUUGCUCAAAUCGAGGAAUACAGCUGACAAGGCAAAUGGAACAUCUAUAUCUGGGGCCAAUCGCAGAUCUACUAGGACCAAGAGUAUGCCUAAAAAGACCGAAGAAACUACCAAGCGGGGUAAGUUGGACGAGCUCAAAAAGAUCAGGGAGGAGCGUAUCACCCGUGCUGCCGGAUCCGGCAAACAAACCGGCGACGAAGAGGAGGCUCGCGCAAGGAGGAGGAGUAUCAAUGAGGAUGACGAGGAUAAGGCUGGCUAUAUCGAAGAGGUUUAUGUCAAAGAGGAUGAUAGAGAGAUCGCUCUUGCGGACGUGAAUAAGGCAAGGAUUGGCCGAACUGGGUUAGCAAAACUUUGCGAUUAUCCCGGUUUCGAGGACGUUGUCAAAGGUAAUUUCGGUAAUGUGGCGGCGGGAGAUGUGUUUUAGCGCUAAUGUUUAUUCAGAUUGUUUUGUCCGUGUAUCCCUCUUUGAUAGAGAGACAGGAUCUACAUCAUAUCGUCUUGGCUGGGUUAAAGGUGAAUUGAUUAUUCGAUCCCUCUUGAUCUAUUCUAAUAUCGUUUUUAGGUUUUGUGAGUGGAAAGCAUUACAAUAUGCUGGAAGGCAAACGUCGUACCGACCAACAUUUACGUGUUUCGCAGGGGCUGGCCGAGAGAAGUUUUGGCAUGGAGUUUAUGUCAGACAGUCCAGUUACCGAGGUAUGCUUGUUUGUGAUCACGUCCAUAACAAUAGGCUAAGGUAUUGAAGGCCGAGUUGAACCGAUUCAAGAAACAAAUGGAGUUUGACCACUGCGCUAUGCCGCCCCUAUCUUUGGUGGAGAGAAAAGCCCGCGAACUUCGUGAACUUGAUAACCGUGUUCUUACCCAAGACGAAGUCAACGAGAUGAUUCGAAAACGCAAUUCGGACAAAGUGGAUACUGUCAAUCUAGUCCUCAAGCGUGGCCGUUUGCGCGAGGUUCGCGAGGCUGCGCAGCUAAAAGGGGAUGAAGUUGAAGUGGCCCGUAUUGACAAAGAGCUUCAGGACCUUGGCGAUCAACAUGCCAAGAGCCUUGUAGUCCCCAAAUCACAGAUGGAACGCCUGGCAAAACUCAAUGCUGUUAAUCGCAAAAAGAACGUUGCCGAGAUACGCAGGGCUGAGAUCGAAGAGAAGAGAGCGGCCAGGACUGCUACAGUCUAUAAUCCCUUCAUGCGGGUUAAAACAGUCGCUAAAACCAGACAUAAUCUGGAUGGGGGUAAAAAGGAAGGGGAGGACUCUCAGAACGCUAGUGGAGACUCACAAACUGAUGCAGAGACGAAAUCUAACUCCGCUGGCGUUGGGUUUCUCAGCUCUUCUACGAAGGGAAGAGGGAGAUUGGGCGCCAGUGUGGACGAUGUCAUUGCAAAUUAUGACUUUGGCAUUGAGAUAGAUAUCUAA